AUUUAAGCUAACCCACAUGCCAUCUUAUGCCUAAUUCUGUUGAUCGUGUGAAACUUCGGAGCAGGAGGGAGAUAAGAUCUUGAACAUCGAGAGCCUUGCCGCUCAUGCUCGAAUGGCUGAAUUAGUAGUAAAGUUGGAGCAACAAGCUAUUGAUCAGCGUAUGCGAGUAGUCACCGAGAUAACAACCGAACUUGAACGGUCACAGGCAGGACGUCGAGAGGACAAUGAACAUUUCCAGAAGUGUCUUUCUCGUCUUCAGAAAGAGACUGCCGAAAGAGAGGAGGCAUUGAGGAAACAAAUGAAAUAUGUCGAGGAAAUAGCAAAGUAUAAGGACCGCCAUAUCGAGCACCGGAAAUUCCAAAUGGUUGCAACAUCUCACGAAUUUCAACAAAGGAUCAAAGUUCUUGUCAAUGAGGGAAUGAAAGGCAAAGAGGUAGAGAUGCGCUCCAAGUUCACCAAGGAACGAGACGAACGGAUCGAAUUGGUGGUGGAAAUGCUUCAGAGCGAGAAGGAGAAAAUCAUAGGACAGCACAAAAAUGAAUUGAAGGCCAAAGUGGAAGCAGUAAUUGCAGAUAAACUUGAGAUCGAAAAAGAUUUGAAGGACAACAAGUCAAAAUUCUCUGAACUGAGCAACACUUUACUUCUGCGCAAAGUGGAAGCCAAAAUGGGGCUCGAGGAAGCAGGGAAGAAAAUGGCGUCGUUGCGUACAGAAAUGCAGACUCAAACUCGUUUAAUUAUGGACCUUCAAAACCAGCACGACGCUCAGCUUAGGAACCAAGAGGAAACUUUCGAGGCGCGACUGGAGGAAGAGCAGAGACGAUUGCAACAGACGAAGACGGAGUAAAUAAGGGCAAUAUCAAAGUUGAUGUACUGCGCACUGACAAGCAAAAUCAAGUGACAACAAGCUCUCCAUGUAACCUGACAAAAUCAUGUGGGUGUGAUCCACGCAAAAGAGAUGGUAGAGGUCAAGGCCCAGGCGUGACAGGCAGUGGCGGAAAAGGAUGUUGUGAUUGCAUACUUGAGAAAUCAAUUAUCAUCGGCCCACAGACAGAUGAAGCACACUCAAUGCCUUCUUCAGCGAAUUCAGAGAACACAACGCUUUUCUCUGAGAUUCUUGAUAAUCCUUACAAGCACUUUACUUCUCUCUUUUUUCUUUUUCUUUUCGACACAACCUGGGUUUACCCGUUGCAUUGAUUAGUGUUUGUGUGUUAUGCAAGCACAUGUUCAGUGUUCAAAUACACAGCAGAUGACGAAGUUAACAAUGAUACGCCCUCACCCUGAGAAAUUGAUUUACAGAUGAAGAUAAGUUACAACCCGGGAAUUGAUGGAAUUCCAUUACGUGGUCAACGACCUCUACCUGCUCAUUGUUUAAAUAGUCUACAAGCAAAGUCUUAGGUCACAGGUUACUGAUCACACAACCAUUUAC